AAGGUAAGAACGGAUGACGUUUCAUUGGUUUUCUAUUUUUAGAAAGAAAACACGAUGGCUCCGACCACCAGGAGGCGCUAUUAUAGACUUCCGCCGGAUGCCUGACUUCCUUUGUGUAACACCGAUAAAUCUCCGACUUCCGGGGGUAUACCGCUCCAUUCGUUGAGUCUUGUCUGUAGUUUUGACUGUAACAAACAACAAAAAGCUGUUUUAAUCCUUCAAGUGGACGCUUCUAACCCGAGAGACGACUUUAAUGUUACCCUCAGAUGUUUAACGAGCAGAAAAUGUCGGUGGUCUUUGACGGGAGUUCGCUGAAGGCGAUGCAGACUCAGAGUCACCCAGCGCAGACUGCACUGAGCACUCAGGAACUCUCUCAGGAGAUCAAGUCCUUCAUCAGUGGUGUGGAUCCUGUUCAGGGCCGGAAGCUCAGCGUCAGGGAACACGCCCGCUGUGCUGUGAGGCUGCUGCGCUCAGUCCCACCUUGUCGAGCAGCAGUUCUGGAGCAUCUGAGGGGUGUGUACGAGGAACAUGUGUCCACCUUUCUCCACAGCCUGGAGACGGAGGGCGAUGCCAGCUCUGGAGUGAGCUCCAACUUGGAGGACAUCAUACAGGAGGUUCAUGGUGUCCUGUCAGAAUUCAUUCGUCUGAACCCCCGUGCCUGGGCCCCCCUGGUGUCUGCCUGGGCGGUGGACCUCCUGGGACAGCUGAGCAGUAAGCACGCAGGUCGCAGGGUGGCCCCCCACUCCUCCAGCCUCAAUGAGCUGCUGCAGCUCUGGAUGUCCUGCGCUGCUACUCGGUCCCUCAUGGAGGCCUACUCCCAGUGCCUGGCUGCCAUGCUGGCCUGGUGUCCUGACGCCUGCGUGGAUGCACUGUUGGACACCUCAGUCAAGCAUUCGCCACACUUUGACUGGGUGGUAGCUCACAUUGGCUCUGCCUUCCCAGGAACCAUCAUAAGCAGGGUGCUGGCAUGUGGACUGAAGGACUUCUGCUCUCAUGGCGUUAAGGACCAGGGGUUGCUGGUGGAGAAAGGCAGCAGGGUGCCUAAAAUCGGCUCUGUCGUGGGAAUCCUCGGACAUCUCGCAGCACAUCACUCUGAAAGCAUCAGGAAGGAGCUGCUCAGUAUGUUUCAGGAGAGCCUGACCCCGUCGACUCCUCUCUCUCCCACCUCAUCCUCCACAUCUUGGGAGAGUUCGCCCCAGCUUCGACGCGCUGCGGUUCCAUUUCUGCUGCAGCUAGCUGCAAUGUCCCCGAACCUCUUUGGUGCUGUGUCUGCAGAGCUGGUGGAGCUGUUACGCCCUUCUCUCCUGCUCCAGCUGCAAGCUCUGCUGCAGGGCCUCCCCAGGGAGGAGCUGGAUAACAUGAUGGGGCUGGCUGUCCACCUGAUCAGUCAGAGUCCGUCAGGGGGGGCACGGGUCCUUCGGUUUCUGGCAGACACAGCCACUCCAGCUUCAGUCAUCAUCUCUGGCCCAACGCCCUCUCCUCAUGAAGGAGUGCGAGAAGGCUGUGACCGGCUCCUCCAGAUGCUGCUUCUGCAUCUCCACAAAUUGGUCUUCAACCGCUCUGAUGGCGCCGACAGCAGCCCUCUAAACUCAGCCUCCACUCAGCCACAGAGAGUCAUCCCCUUUCUGGAGGAGCUGCGCUCACACGUUAGUCAGCUGUGUGCAGAAACGCUCCGAUUAGAGAGGAAGCGUCACCUCUGGCUGCAUCAGCUGCUGUGUCUGCUGUCAGUGUACGGGGGUCCCAGCGUAGCUACUGAGACCUUCUGUCAGCUUCUCACCCAGGCCCGUAACCCAGAGGAGCUUGCCCUUGCCUGGCAGCUCCACACCACACUCUCAUCCUGCAUGGCAGGACUCAUUCAAGCUGGUGUGGCCCACUGCGUGGCCCAGAUACACACACACACCCUGGGGCCCAGGCAGCUGAGGCAACUGCUGCUGAACCUGGCUGCAGCCAUCCAGAGCCAGGAGGAGGGGAAAAGAGGAGCAGGAGGAUCUCAGUCCUCCAUGGCUGUCCAGGUUGGCUCAGCGGUCUCAGGACACCUCCAUGACUUUUGUGCUCUUCUUCUCCACGGUGAUGCAGCUGUGUCUCAUGCUGCAGUGCGCCUCCUGUCCUGCAGCCCGCUCCCUCGAACCUCAUCCCCUGCUCACCUCCUCCUGCUCUCCAGAGCUGCUGUCACUCAUUUCUUUUUGUCCCUGCAGAGGAGAGGAGAGGUGGGGAAGGUGGGUAGAGAUGGGGGGCAGGCGUACGAGUCUGUGAACUAUUCAGUUCAGCUUCUGUCCCGGUUUGCAGCCUACUCUCCUCUCACUCUGAAGGCAAUACUUCAGCAGCUGGUGGAGGGCGCGCUGCACAGAGGCAACGCUGGUCUGUUUGGAGGACAGAUUGCAGACAUGUCCGGCGCUCCAGUGGCCUCCCCGUCUGUCACUGCUGACCUGGGAGCCUCUUUGCUGGACAUUAACUGUCGGUUUGGAACAACAGUGAAUUUUUCUGGCAGCGUGUGGUCUGUGUUUCAUGCUGGGGUGAUUGGAAAGGGCCUGAAGGUUCGCACUGCUGCUCAGGUGCUGGACCCAUCAGGAGUCACCCAGAAUAUCCAGACUCUGCUGGCUGUUGUGGUGAAGUGUUGCAGCUCGUCUGGUUUCAUCACCUCACGAUCGCCGUCUGACCCCGACGAGCUGCUGCCCAUCAACGCCGAGGCGGCCAAAGUUGUUGCAGUCACACUGGUGGAAAAUGUCUGUCCAGAUGUGGCCAACGGGGAGCUGUCCUGGCCCCCCGAGGAGCACGCCCGCACCACGGUGGAGCGAGACAUCCACAUCAGACGGUGCUUCGAGACCCACCCGGUGCUCUUCCCUCUGCUUCACGUGGUGGCAGCCGGACGCCCGGCUCUCUGCUACUGCUCCGCUGUGCUCAGGGGUCUGCUAGCCACUCUGCUGGCCCACUGGGAAGCGUCCCGUGAGGCAUCAUCUACUGAUUCCCCGUGGCACCUGCAGGCCUCCUGCCUCCUUGUGUCCUGCAUGGGUGAAGGCCAACUUCUGCCUCCUGUUCUGGCCAACGUCCAUGAAGCGUUCCCCCUUCUGACUCCCUUCGAGGUGAGGCUGCUGCUCCUGGCUGUGUGGGAGUACGUGAGGGGCAACGGGCCGCUUCCCCAGAAAUUUGUGUUCAAUUCAGAUAAGGGUCUGUUCCUCAGGGAUUUUUCACGGGAUGGUGAUGUGGCAAGAUACGUGGCACCAAUCCACAGCGUCCUCCAUAAAAACAUCGACAGACUCGGGCACCUGUGCUGGCGCUUUCAGCUUUGAGCAGCAGACGUGAUGAGUAAUAGGAGUACAACAUUUCUGUAAUUGUAGUACAGUUUUAUAAACAGGGCUGUGUGUAUAAAUGUUUUUUUUUUUUUUUUACUUUUAUACAGCUGUUUUCUGAGUUAAGUCUUAAGAAAUGGCACUUGUGUGUGUACAGAAGAGGAUUAGGGCCACUAAAAAGAAAGAAUUCUGACUUCCAAGAAUAGAAUUAGAAUUUUGGAGGAAUGUCUCAAUUCUGGGAAAAUUUAAAGUCUGAAUUCUGGAAAAAAUAAUUCAGUAAUUAAGGUCAGAAAUCUUACUUUUCAUUUCAGUGGCCCUAACCCUCUCGUGUGUGUGUAUUAUAUGUUCAUACAGAAUUUGUUCAAGAUAAAUCAGAGCCUUAAUGUGUCAUUUGGAUUUGAACGCUUAUUUUGGUCAUUUGUAGAUUUUUGUUUGUUUAACUGAUUAAAAACGUGAUUUGCAUCUUGAACAAUUUCAUAAAAAUAAAUCUUUGUCCUAA